AUGGAGCAGUUCGCCCUUCCAGAGGGCACAGCGUUCCCCAAGGGUGUCGAUCCUAUCUCAAUCGCCAAAAGCUGUGCUCAUCUGUUCCGCAACCUGGACAUAACAAACCUGCAUCCCGGGGCCGCGUGGUACGAUCUCUUCGCGUUGACUGGGGAUGUGGCCAGUGUCAAAUCCAGAGUCGCUAUUGCUACAUCCUGGGACCAUCUGCUGACGAUACGGGGGGUGUCUGGCUUCCAAGUGCUCGAUGAAGGAGUUCAAAUUAGAACCUAUGGUGGCCAGAUCCCGGCGAUCGAAGUGCCUUGUACCUUCUCCACGGGGUGCGACCCAAAACUCCAGGGCGUCGCGACUUUCUCGCUGGUUUUCUGCCCAAAGGACCGGAGAAGCAGCAAUGGCUGGCAGGUUUGGAUGAUCCGAACGCGCUUGGAUAGGCUACUUAAGCAGCAAGGGGACGUUGACAAACUGGAUCCUCUCACAGCCCAUGCUCCAGUCCUCACUCCCCCCAUUCGCAACGAUUUCUCCUCUCUCCGAUAUGGCUGCGUUGUUGUCGGCGCAGGUCAAGCAGGUCUAGCCGUGGCAGGGCGUCUGAAAGCACUUGGAAUCUCGUACCUAGCGAUCGAUCGCAACUCGCGCAUAGGAGAUAACUGGCUCAAUCGUUACGAUUCCGUUAAAUUGCAUACUCCACGGGAAUUCUCACAUUUGCCCUACGGACGAACAUUUUCUGGCGAGUAUCCCGAGUGGCUUGGUAAGGCCGAUAUUGCACGGGGUCACAAUGAAUGGGUGCAAAGAUACGGCAUAAACCUCUCACUAUCCACCGAACUCUUGUCGGGGCAAUGGGACGACAGGCUUAAGCGGUGGAGUCUUCGUGUCCGGCAAGGUGGCGACUUGCAGACCCUAACUUGCGACCAUAUUGUCCUGGCGACCGGUCUUGGAAUUCGAACACCACGGAUACCCACGUAUGCAGGCUUGGAGGUCUGCCGCGCUACGGUCAUGCAUUCGGUAGAUUAUCGAAAUUCUUGGUCGUGGGCAGGACAACGAGCAAUAAUCAUUGGCUCUGCCAAUACUGCGCACGAUAUAGCGGAAGACAUGAUUGAGGCCGGUCUUACCUCGGUGACAAUGGUCCAACGGGACGCUACUGUGGUUAUUCCCCGUGAACACAUACAGGCAAACAUGACCAGUACAAACCCCCGGUUCUUGAUCAAGGUUGCUGCACCAGAAGAAGUAGCCGACGAGCUCCGGUUCUCGAUUCCGCCUCCCAUACGGAACUUAUUCAUGAUGCUAGGGAAUCAAUCCCUAUCCGCUUCCAACCCAGACAGGUAUCAGGACUUAGAUCGAUCCGGGUUCAAGCGGAAAGAGCAGAGCAUGGGAGGCUCGUUCCGUGGUCGGUACAUAGACGUCGGUGCCUCACAGAAAAUAGCCUCAGGCCAGAUCAAGGUCAAGUCCGGCAGCUGUCCUGUCCGCCACACAGAGACCGGGCUUGAAUUCGACGACGGCACUCGUUUAGACGCGGAUAUCAUUAUUUUCGCUACAGGAUAUCACCUUGACUCACGGGAUAUGAUCGAAACCCUUUUUGGGCCCGACGUAUCAGGCAGGGUGACAAGAUUAGACCAACCCAAUCCCGAAGACUUCCUUGACGGCGCCUACAAGUUUACUGGCCAUCCCGCGCUCUGGUUGGCCGGGGGGAAUAUGGGCCAGGCUCGGUACUUCUCUCGCUUUCUGGCGCUCCAGAUUAAUGCAGCUCUUCUUGGUACCCCCUUUGACCGUCUCAAACAGCCAUUGGAUGACUGUGAUACCUAG